AUGAAGCCAUGGGGAGCGAGAUUCAUGGUGUAUCUCCUAACCUGGAAAUUUGUGGCUUCAAAACUGGAACAUAAUAAUCUAGAACUUCAUCCUUCUAGACUUAAAAUAUAUACCCUUGAUGAUGAUGGAGUGCCGGUUGAAGAUAAAACUAAAUUCACAGUAACAUCUGAUGGAAUGAUAUACACAUUUAGGCUUAAUGAUGGAGUUAGAUGUACUGAGGUAAAAUUUGAUGAGAGUACAUUGUGGAAAACGGAGGAAAAUGAUCUUAAACAACCCAAAUCAGUGUUGAUAGGCACGUAUAACAACACAAUCACCAUUGAAUUGAGCAAUAAUUCCAAUUUAGUUUACAAUUUUGAUCCCGUUCAUAAAAUAUUCUACAGCGAGAGGGGUCAAUUCCUUCCAUCUGUUAAUUUUAUAUCAAGUUUGUCAGACGAAAAGCAACAACAUACCCGUAGAAAUGAAGUUUUUAUAACUCCUACCCAAAAAUUAACUACACCCAGAGCAUAUUGUCACGAUGAGUCGAAUGAUUCGGACCUUGAAAAUUCAACUCCAAUUGUUAUAGAUAUAACAACCAAGGGAAGUGCAUAUGAAUUUGACUUCUUUAAAAGUGGUAAAAAUUCAAUAUAUUCAGCGAAACGAGGUUUCUCAAUUAAGUUGGUAAAAAAAUCAAAUGAAAUAAUAUGGAAGUCAACCAAACCCAGUGACUAUGCAAGCAAAGUCAAUGUUUUAGAUACAGACAAGGGAAAUAUUGUUACAGUUCAUUUGUCUUACGAAAAAACGAGACAGUAUUACAAAUGUUCUAACCAGUGGGUUGAAAAGGGUCUCGUAGUUAUUGAUAUAAAUAAAACAGAGAGUACAGCAAGUUUCCAUUACUCCAAGUAUAAAAAUUAUACUACAUAUAUAGCUAGAAAUAAUUUUUUCAUUUCAUCUGUGAAGGAAGGAGAGUCGACUUUUUCCCCAAAUAUUAAUAUUUUUCAAGCUAAGGACGCAUCAGAGUAUCUCAGCAGCGUAAUGGUCCAUUCAAGCGGUAAGAUGACACUGUAUUUUGCAAAUGGCAAUAUGAAGCACUUUUACAAAAAAAAUAGAAACCAGUGGUACGAAAGAAAGCCAGAACUGUCACUUGACAUUAGAACAAAAGAAAACCAGUACGAAUUCGGGUAUUCAGAGGAUAAUAACGUAGGUACAUAUUUUCCCAAAUAUAAUUUCGAGUUUAAAGUAGUAAAACAGGGUGAUAAUGUUAUCUUCAAAACUGUAGCCAAUGAAUAUAUAGAAAAGGUAAUAUCAGAUGGUAUGAGUUCGGGUUCUAGUAAAAAUCUUAGUAUUUACUUUUCCAAUGGAGAUGUCAAAUUCUUCCAUAGGUCUGGUGAUGAAUGGACUAGGAGACCUUCAGAAAUUACCCUUAAUAUUAAGAAAAAAGAAGGAACUUUCGAGUAUGACUGUUUUAAUAAAGAUAGUAUUUAUAUUUUCAUACCUAAACACAAUUUUAUGUUUAAAAGGAUAGUACAAGGUGAUGGCAAUCUUGUUGAUAUUUGGGUUUCAAACGAUCAGGAAUACUGUAACAAGGUUGUAUUAAGUCACGUUGAGAGUGGUAAAAAUUUGAGCCUCCAAUUAAUUGAUGGUAAUUUUAAAAACUUCUACAACGACAAAAGAAAAGAGAAGUUGUGGGUAGAAACCUCUAAGACUGAUUUUGUAAUACGUGAAUCUUUAAUUACCCUAGACCUAGACGAUGCCGAGACUACCAAGCACUAUUAUUUCUAUUUCGAUGAUAGAUCAAAUGCCGGUGUAUUCAUGUCAAGGGAGGGCUACCUUUUCAAUAAAGUUAUACAGAGUUCUCUAUUUUCAAACACAGUGAACUUGUGGGAAACCAACAAUAGUUCAAUCUUUUCCAACCGAGUCGUAGUGUACAAUGUUUACGAAAAAGAGGUCAUUUUAGAUAUAUAUCUUGUCAAUGGGAAUAAGCUCCACUUUGACAUAAAGUAUGAAAUAAAAUUUUUAAGUAAAAGAUCCUGGUUAGAGAGAAAGUCGUAUUUGCCCGUAUCAGAACACCCCAAAGGUGUAACAGUUUUGUUGAUGGAUUCAGCAAAUCCCAAUAACCUUAUUUCAAAUGACACAACCAAAUAUGUAGUCAGUGUGAAUAAGAUAAAUGACGCUAAACAUGAUUUUCCAGAUAAAAUAUCCUACGAUUAUAGAUUCAAAGAAGAAGCCAGAUGUGUAGAAUUUAAAGUUGAUCAUAAAACAGUGUGGAAAUACGAUCCCGAUGCACAUGAAUCCGUCCCUAUGUCUAUAUAUCUUCACAAAUUUAUGAAACUAGCCUUUGUUGAAUUUAACCUUCAUUCUUUAGAUAUAUAUAGUUAUGUUGAUGGAGAAUGGAAACUAAGCUUCAACAAUAAGCUGAAAGGGAUUAAGAUCGAUAUACAAACCAUGAAGAGCACUAAUGUAUAUUAUUUCUAUAUUGAUGAGGAAACAAACACAGGAAUUUAUGUUCCAAAGGAGGGCUACUUCUUCAGGAAAAUUAAGCAAAGUGGUUCAUGGCAUUCGCCAUCAACAAUGAAUGUUUGGGAAACCUUUCACUAUUACAAAUAUUCCAACGCUAUUGUGGUUUACAAUGUAGAUAAAGUCAGAUCCAUUGUGGUUGUUCAUCAUAUUGACGGUAAUAAAAGUUAUUUAUCGGUAGAAAUGAAUUACAGAUUAAUAUCUAUGUUCGAAGCGAAAACGUAUAAUUUACAUGUAUCCCAGUAUCCUGAAAACAUACAAGUUUUGACGGAAAAUAAUGCCAUAGAUUACCUUGUUGAUGUGACAGUAUUGCACAAAACUGAUGAAGAGAACAGAGUAAUCUAUGAAUAUGUGUUCAAAGGAGACAGGUGCCUUGAAUUUAAAAUUGAUGAUCAGUUGGUAUGGAAGUACUAUAGCUCAGAAGACAGGUUUCCAAAAUCAAUUUAUUAUCACAAAAAUGUGGAAAUAGUCCUCAUCGAAUUUAACAAUCAUUCUUUCACCGUGUAUAAGCAUAGCGAAAAUAGGUGGAAGAUGAAAUCUAUAAUAUCCACAUUUUGUGAUAGAGUUAUAAUUUCUACAUUGGAUGCCAAUGGUGACGUUGUUGAAAACGACACUAGCAAGUAUAACAUCGAUAAAAGUGAUAAAUUCAUUUCCAAAUACAUUUUCAACGAUGAUGCAAAGUGUGUUGGAUUGAACUUUAGAAACAAUAAAAUAUGGCAAUAUGAAGGUGGUGAUUACCCUAAAGUGUUUUAUAUCCACAAUUAUUUUAUAACACUGUAUAUUGAAUUUUCAAAUGAUUAUUUCUAUUCCUAUAGGUUUUCUUUGCAAGAAAACAGGAUGAAAUUUGAAUUUUUAAGAAACAUAAGACGGAUCAACUAUGAAAAAAUAAGACUUAUAACACAGGGUGCUGAUUAUCAAGUUAAAAGAUAUGAUUUUGCUUAUGAAUUCGAGUUCAAAGAAGGUUGUAACUGUUUAGAAUUUUUGUAUGAUGAUAAAUCUAUGUGGAAGUAUGAUGGUCAAUAUCCAAUCCUAAUAUACUUUAUUUCGAACUUUGAUCUUCAGAUCAAAUUUAGAAAUGAAACUGAAUACAUAUCCAGUGAUAGUAAAAUAAAAUGGAAAAUGCCAGGGCCUUCAGAACUUGACAUCGAAAAGUCAUAUAGUACUGAAGAAUUUGGUUUUUAUAUUAAUGGUGAUGUAGGUGUAUAUGAGUCCAAACCUAAUCAUGCAGCCAAUAUUGUUAAAUAUGGUAAUUUAAAAUUAUGGGAAGCCAGUGAUCCCACCUUAUUCGUUAAAAAGGUUGUUAUUGAUGGUAUUUAUAACUUAAAUAAGAACAUUGAAAUAUUUCUAAACAAUGGCUCAGUUAAGCAGUUCCACAAAAUGGGCAAGAAGUGGCUCUCAUCAACUGCUAUUGUUCUUGACAUUGACAUUAAUAGCAAUAAUGAUCUAUUCGAAUAUAAAUCGACAAGAGGAUUCGGUCACUUCAUUCCUAAACCCAAUUUGACGAUCGGAAGGAUUGUUAAGAAAAACCUCGAUAUAUGGUGGGCAUAUCCAAAUGAUCACGCUGUCCAGGUGGUACUCAUGGGUUCUGGCCCUGAUGACAAAUAUAUAUCAAUACUUCUGCAGAGUGGUAACUUUGUACUUCUUCAAAAGCCUGAUCAUGGUGUCUUCUGGGAAGAUAUAACUCGGAGGAGAAAUUUCUCUGGUAUCAAGAUGUACUCAUUUGAUGAGGGCAAGUCCAGGUAUCGGGAACUAACUAGGGAUGAUUACGAUCCAACAGUAUUCGAAUCAACAUAUGGGUAUGAGUUUAAAGAUGGAGUGAAGUGUGUUAAGAUCAUCAACCAUGAUAAAGUAUUAUGGACAUAUAUUGAUGAUCCUGAGUUUGGGUACGUGAUGGGUAUAUAUCUGGAUCUUAUUUCAAACACUUUCUUAGUUAAGAACCAGUCUUUUGAUAUCAAGAAUCUUGUCACCCAGGUCACGCAGAUCACAAAGAUCAGCGAACUCAUCAAGGUUACUCUUGACAUUGAGAAUAAACAGACCACCAGUGAGUUUGAGUAUAAGAAUCACAAUGGAAAUUUCACAUACACUCCUAAGCCCGGGUAUGUGUUCAAUAAAGUAAUUCAGGGUGAUAUGAUUUUUUGGGAAUCUAAAUAUGUUUCUGGAACUAAGGUGAGGACUAAGGUUAAGGACAACAAGAGAUACUUAAUCAUACUCCUGAGUGACAAUACAUUCAAACUUUUCGAGCAAUCAGGCGAAAAUAACUGGAGAUGGGCUGAUACAACCAAUACCAGGUAUGACGUAACGAGAUUCAAAUUCUAUGGUGACAAUGACACUACUCUGACCCAAUCUGAUUACAAGGUUAACAUCGUUGACCUAUCACUUAGUCAUAUAUUCAUUGAUGGAGUCACCUGUAAGAAAAUCAAAUAUGGCGAUGAUGUUAUUUGGAAACAUACUGACGAUCCCAACUAUUCAACAAUCAAGAUGUUUUCUAUUGGUCUUGCUUCAAACAGCUUGUAUGCCGUCAAGAGUGAAACUGAUUUUAAGAAACUUGAUUAUAAAACACCUAUUCAAACCCCGAACAUACCGGUGAUGCAUGCCACCCAAGUAACUCUUGACAUAAGUAAGACUCAGACCACAGAUCCGUUUGAAUAUUCUAUUAAGGAUGAUUUUGGUACGUAUAAACCAAAACCUGGGUAUGCAAUAAGUGUCGUUAAAUGUGGUACUGAAGAAUUGUGGAGAACCAAUGAUCCCACAUUUUUUGUUGACAAAGUUGUUGUUAAUGGAGUUCGGCUUCUAUCUCUAAAUGAUGUUAAAUUAUAUUUGGCUAAUGGAGAUGUGAAAAGAUUUAUAAAAGUUAAUCACAGAUGGAUUGAUAAAGAAAACCCAUUAACUUUAAAUAUAGAUGCUUUGCCAGAUAACAAUUAUUUUAAUUACAGCAAUAACAGCGAUGCAAUAACAUUUACCCCUAAACAUGAAUUAUUUAUUAACAGUGUAAUAGCCAAUGAUGAGGUUAUUUGGGAAACUAAGAAGACUAUUGAGUACGCAACCAAAGUAACAAUUAAAGGUUUUAAUUCCACUCCGAAGAUAUUAAUCAUACAAAUGGUUAGAGGAGAUGAGAUCGUCUUUAAUUAUGGAUAUGACAACAAAUGGGAAAAGGUGGGACAUGAAGGAGAUAAUGAAUCUGUCUAUCCAGAACGUGUAACAACUGAUGAUUCACCGGAACAAAAAAUGGCUACAGCGACAUAUCCUGAAACUCCUACAAUUCAACACUACCAAUUAAACCAACCACCCUCUAAUUAUAGUUCGCAAAUUCAAGCAAAAGAUAGAUUUGACAACUGGUAUAAUUACACAAAAACCAACUUAGCAGUGAGAACAAACACACCGAACACAACUCAAAUUGAAUAA